AUGCCGAAGGGGUCACCCGUCCAGGCCCUCUACGAGCUCUGCAGGAAGACCUUUGUGUCCUCCGGCACCGUCGCUUCUCCCCUGGAAAUUCGGAGGAUAACCACUCUCAUGGGUACUCCCCCUCCAUUGAAUGUUUUGAGUUUUGUGUGCAUGCAAUCACAUGAGAUUUCAGCAGUCCGUUUGCUUCUUUGUCUCUCCUGCAUAACUCCAUCCCUCUUUUUGGUGAAUUCUGUCCUAAAUAAUUAGCGUAGAUGCGAAUGUGAGCUUGCUAGCUUUCACCAGAUGUAGUUUAUUACUAGACCCGUCAAAUUCAGAUUUUCUGAUGAGCCGCGUGUUGGUUUCGGUUGCGCAUGGGUAGGCCUCCGAGUUUCGGUCGGUUUCCGCCGUAGUGGGGGAAAAAGAAGUCCAUGCCGUCGGGGAGCAGACCCAAACCAUUUGAACUACUUUCAUGACUUGUGAGACGCAUGCUGUCGGAUGUCAAACCUUCGACCUUGGGAAGGAACCAAGUUACUAAACAACCAAGUUAGCCACUCCUGGAAAAGCGCAUGUAUUAUUUUGCUUCACUCUUCACUGCCCCCCAGCAAUUACACGUACAAGGACACAGUUCGAUAAAUUUGUCGGGUACCAACUGGGAACUGGGUACGUCUCUCUGCCUUGCUCUCACAUUUAGAGAUGAGGUAUCGACUCCUUGUCCCAUUCUUCAGACUUAUCCAUUAUAUCCACAGAAAUCUUCAUCCUUUUUCUCCUCGUCCGAAGAUGGAAACAGGAGGAAUAUCAACACUAUUUAAGGAGCGAUAUUCGCAAAUAUAUUUCUACUCUAUGACUGUAUGUUGACUGGACUCUGCAUUCACGAUUUAUUUCCAUUUUGAGUACCUUUAUAAUUAGUUUUUUCCUUCCAUUUAAUGGUUGAUUCCGCAGAUGUCUGAGAAAUAUUUUUAUUGUCAGUUUUUCUAUUUAUCAGUUUGUCUCAGUUUUAUGAAGCCUAGUUUCUGUACUUCAAGUCAGAUUCGUAUUAGGUCCUUGAUAUGUUUGAAUGUAACUCAAACUGUGCAGAUUCAAUUCGUCCAGAGGACGUCGGGCUCAGUGAUAUUAAUUUGGAUGAUGAGAGAGGACAUGGGUUUUUUGGAAGAGACCUGUUCAGGAAUUUUCCUUCAACAAGGACCGCUAGAUGGUCUCUGCCUAUUACAUAUUUGCAUAUAUACGAGUGUGAGAAUUUUACUGUAAGUUAUUAUCCAGAGUCUUCACUCCAGGACCUUUCAUGUGUGUAUUGUUUCUGCUAUUCUCUGAUAGUAAACGGGAAGUGCUGAUAUGACGUAUUGCAGACAAUUUCGGUUCACACACAUUACGUCUUAAAUUUACAUGAAAAUUGUAACUGUUUUUUUUUUAUCUAUCGUGUGAUUCUGAUGAGAUUUAUCCGUAAGUGAACUAAGAUUAAAUCAGCCAGGGAAAAUCUCGGUAGUUCAGACUGUCUUUGAAGAUGAGAAACAGUCUUUCCUUCGAGUUUACUUCACAUUUCUUUAUUGACAUUCCAUUGCCUUUCAUUUUCAAGUAAUGGUGCACGAAUUUCUUUUCUGGUGAAAGAUGAAACCCUUAAGGAUUUUUUUCUUGUUUGCGUUGUGGAGAUUUUGCUUUCCGUUAGUAAAACGAAAUUAAGUUUAAUGCUCAUUACUCAAAGAAAUUUCACGAAUAUGUCGUCGACAAUAUUGAGUGCCCUGGGUUCGAGGAAUCCUGAGGAUAUCCAGCCACAAUAUGGGGGCCAGGAAUCUUGGACAUAGCAUGUGUGCGGUCGUUGAUGAGAUGAACAUGUUCUGCACGUAACAUUUGAGUGCGUGGAUGAAUAUGUUACUUGUAAGGAAAUCUUUGCUCCUUGCGGUACACAUACCUAUGCUUUUAAAGAUUUGGCAUUCAUCCCGGUGACGCUGUAAUAUUUUGUGAUUCAUAGAUUCAUCCAUUUAUAGGCAGUCUAUGAGUUUAUCAUCUAUGUUGAAUUUAUGAUUAUCUAGGGUAAAUAAAUUCAAGAUCAUGUGGAGGUGGGAAAUCUUGUGAAGCAUGUUUUAACAUGAUACCAAUGUUAUAUGCUCUAACCUGGGAAAUAUGAUUAGAGAUUUCAUGGAAAUAAAGUAAUUUUGUCAUUUUUGUCAGAAGAUGAGACAUUAAGGUCUUCGGAUAGUGGAAUCUUGUCAUGGUGAAUUUUCGAGUUCAACCUGCGCAUAAGUUCCAAAGCAGGAUCUUCUGGUGGUGGUCAUCAAUAUGGACUGGAACAAUGAAGCUUUAUGGACAUUGUCGAGAGUUUGAAGCUCGUCAACUUCGUGAUAAACAUUUUGAAUGAUUUCUUUAUAAUGCACGUGUAUGAAGAGUUACAUUUUAGGCACGUUUCCCUUCUUUCCAAUAUUGCAGUAUCUCUUUCUUUGUUAUUGAACCAUGUGGUUUACUGAUUUUGAUAUUGAGUCAUUUUGGCUGAUCCUCUGGAUACAGUUUAUUCAUGCCUGUUAGUUAAAGCUGUCACCUUUUUGAAGAUCUAUGAUUUUAAAGCAAUGAUUUAUGCAUUUUUAAUUCAGAUUGGUAUUUUCUGCUUACCAACAUCAUCGGUUAUCCCUCUCCAUGAUCAUCCUGGAAUGACCGUCUUAAGCAAAAUCCUCUAUGGCUCUAUGCAUGUCAAAGCAUAUGACUGGAUUGAACCUGCAUGCAUGCAAAGUAAUGGACAAGGUAUGCUAUGCCGCUCAAAUUUAGAAAUUUAGAUUUUGUAAUGCAUCCGAUGAGAUGCUGAUCUUAACAAAUGUUUAUUUGUCAAAUGCGAGUCCUAUUUUUUAAUAAAGUAAACGAAAUAAUCACAUUUUCGACUGGUGCCUCAAUUUUGGAAAAAAUAUUUGCAUCCUGAGAACAUGUUAUCUUCAAAUGCGAGUCUUAUUUGCAUCCUCAAUUUUGCAGCGUCUUUUGAACUUUUCCAUAUUUGAGAAUAUGCUUAAAACUAUUAUACGUCUUUAAACCCCUUCAAUCUUAGAAACAGUGACCAUUGUGGUCUCUACUUUAAUAAUUGAGGGCGAGUAUUGUGAUAUGUUAUCAAGGUUACUCUACCUUUUAAAAGAAGUGUAAAAGCAUAAUUAUGAUUUUACAGGCGUGUGUGUCAUUUAAUCAAGGUCAAUAUAUGUCACAGAUCUGGUUUUUAAAAAGAAAUAUUCAAGUUUGAAGCUGGCCUCUUAAUUUCAGGGGCAUACUGUGCAAAAAUGUAGUAACUUCAUUUAGUAUCCUGACUUCUUUCUAGUGCCAUGGCCCAUGAGGUGUGCUUCUGUCUCCUAUUUUGCCUAUGUGGCCUGUUUAACCCAUAGUGGAUAGCUUCAUCCAUUUUUUGGCAUCAUGCCGUAGUACAAAGUAACACAAUGGGUUAAACAAGCCACAUAGGCAAAAUAGGAGGCAUGGAAGUUUGUAAACGAUAGCCAGGUAUUUAGUGACCGUUUUGGUGCUGAUCUCUGGUUCAUGUCUUUGUUUCGAAAUGUGAAGAUUAAGCUUUGAUGUUUCAUCAAAUUUAAAGUAGCAUAACUGCCUUGAGGAUUUAUUUUUCCUUUUCACAUGUUAGUGGAGAUCGUGGUCUUUAAGAAUGAAACUCAGUGAUCUACAAGUUUAUUGAAAGUAUAUCUCUCCCUCACUCCUUCCCGUCUCUCUCCCUCUUUAUCCGAGCUCUUCUCUCUCUCUCUCUCGUAAUUUAGGAUUUGCUACUUCCUCAACACAUUGAAUAUUUAUAUUAAACUUAACAAACGUGAUUUUACUCUUUCUAAAUUUAAGCACUCAGUCAGCGUUUUAUUCGAUAGUACUCCAUCAUUUCCCCAUUUUCGCUUCUUGGAGAUCUAAUUUGGUGGUGGAUACUGAAAAAGGUUAUAUCUUAUCCUUCAGACAUACAAAUGCUAGUAUUGUAAAAUAAAUCCUUGGCUAAUUUUGAAUAUUUGGUCCAUAUUGAAAUCCCCCUGUCACUCAUUAAUAACAGAGGACGGUAGGCAGCUUCAGGAGAGUAUGGUGAAAUAAAGAAAAUCGAAGAACGAGUUAGGAACUAAGAGACGGCAGGACUGUUUUCUAUUUAGAAUAAUACGUUCAUCCUUUGCCGGCAUCAUACGACGUUAUUUUUCUAUUCGAUUUUUCCUUCCUCCUAGAGUCAUUCAAAGACAUCACCAACAGAUGUGCAUAAUAAAGAAAUGAUACCUUAUACAUUUAACGAUUGUACCGUACACAUCUACUUGUACAUUUUUUUUCAUUAUUUAUUACUGCUUACUUUAAAUGGAUUGGUUGUUGUUUUCUUUGAAAUGGGUCUUUUCCUUGGGAAUCUUUUCAGCUCCAUCGUUCGAAUGUUCGUUUUUUUUUUCCUUCAUAGAGUUCAUCUCAUACUCCAUUUAAUUUUCCUCAUACGAGGCAAAAAUUGGUUUCAAUGUUAUACCUCUCCUUGCAUCUAAUUCUAAUAAGUUUACUAUCAACGUGCAGUUAGAUUAGCAAAGUUGCAGAAGGACACUGUUCUAACAGCUCCUUGCCCUACUUCUGUACUCUAUCCAAAAAGCGGAGGCAACUUACAUUGCUUCACUGCAAUCUCAUCUUGUGCUGUGCUGGACGUCCUUGCUCCACCAUAUUCUGAAGCAACUGGGCGAUUUUGCACAUACUAUCAUGAUUAUCCUUUUUCUAAUUUCCGUAAGUAAAUUGUUUUUAACUGAUUCUAUACGAUUUGGAUUUUUAUAAGCUAGCAUAUUUCUUAUUGUACCCAGUUGCUUUUAGUUUUCUCUCAAAAUAGACUAAACAGGGAUCAAAUUCAUUCAUGGAAGAUGUAAGAAUGCCUCAACAACUAAUUUCUAAAGCGCAAUGGCCAGUGAUAAGAGCAUAAGAAUCCCUUGUUGACAAGCUUUACAAGAUGUCAGAUGAAGUACAAGAGGAUUGAUUUUUGAAGUAUUCUUAACUGGAUUUUCUGUGCCAGCUGUUCGUGGUUUAAUUUGUUGGUAGAUUUAAUCUUUUAAAUUUUUGAUGAUUGAACCUGGAGCAACUAUGCCUGUUCUGAUCAUUGACAGCCUUCAAGUGUUGACUUUUGUACCUUUUUAAUGUUACCCACUAAAAACGAAGAUGAUUGAAGAUAAAGAGACAGUUAAAACUAUCUUCUACAUUGAUCUUGAAUCAUUGGACUUUAUUUUUCAUAGAUAUGUGUGUGUGUGUGUGUGUUUGUGUUUAAAAGUAUGCUGCGCGUCCUUUUAAUAAAUUGAGAGGUUCCACGGCAGCAACUGCGAGCACAACGCCAGAAGGAAUCACUGGAAUCAAUACCGAAGAGCCAGAUGAGGAUCAUGCAUGGGUUGCAAGGAUUGAAGCCCCAGAUGACCUCUACAUACGUCAGGGAAGAUACAAUGGCCCAUCUGUUCAGGUAUAUUUUCCUCCUAUUGUUUGCUGCUUCCAGUAA